AAAAGCCGUUUAACUUUAGAUUACGUGGCACGGCCAACCACUUCAUUAGUCUUACAUGGCAUUGAAAAUGAAUUUUAUAUUAAAAAUUUGGAUUACAAUGUGGGCAUAAUCAGAUUUUAGGAAGGUCAAAGUGGGCAAAACGAGUUAUGUGUUUCAUUAGUUAAAUCUGCAGAGGAAACAAUCUGAAACGCAGAGAAUCAAAUCCCUAAUUCCCAUUUGAAUCAAUCUACAGAUGAAUCAAAUCCACUUUUCCAGAUGAAUCAAAUCCCUAAUUCCCUGAUGAAUCAUACAGGAGCCAUUUUUCCCUUUUCGUCACACCUUCAACUUCAACACACUUACCAUGCAAACAGCCACAAGGAAAGAAAUGGAAACUUAUGAACUCUUCCACAUGAACAAAGGCGCAGGCGAAACUAGCUAUGCCAUGAACUCUUCCGUUCAGAACACAAUUAUCUCUUGUGCAGAGGCAUGGAGAAAGAAAGCCAUUGUGCAGAUUCUGUGCACGAGUUGGCCUGAGAAGAUGGGCAUUGUUGAUAUGGGUUGUUCCUCCAGCCCUAAUGCCUUGAGGGUGAUUUCUGAGAUCGUGGAUGGCGUCUACGCGACCACGCGUCUGUUGGAGUGGUCGCCGCCGGAGUUGGUGGUGCAUUUGAACGACCUCUUCGCCAAUUAAUCAAAUCCCUAAUUCCAAUUUAAAAAAAAAAAACCUAAUUUGAAACAGCAACCAAGAACGCGAUCCCCACCACCCACGAGAACGACCACUGAGAUGCCGAAACAAACCCUCCCUCUUUGCACCACGAAUCGGACCGACCAACGUCCUUGUGUAGUCGUCGCGACCUUGCUGUACCAUCGAUUUGUUAUCUUCCGUUGCACCUCCACAAGGUCUUUGUCUCUGCUCGAAAACGCAAAAUAUUAUUGCUCCCAACGUUGAGUCUGUUCGCGUUAGUGAAAGGGAAGAAGCUUCAAGCUUCUAAAGUUCUGCGUUUAACUGGAACAGAGAAGAAGAGAUGGGAAAGAGUUUUCCCUUACGCCACCUAAGGGCUAAAUUUAGAUUUUAGCAUUUUCCUACUUUGCCCUUAUGUGAA